CUUCAAUGUAUAGUGAACUCUGCUUGUUUGUUCUCUGUUUUCAUUCUCACUUGAUGUUCUUGGUUUUGAGAUAAAAUGAAUAGUAUCAAAUUUCUAAUAUUGUUCUUCAGUGUUACAUCAGCACAACAAUCAAAGGGACAAAACCAAUUGGUUUUUACAGAUCAAAGACUGGCUAUAGUAUAUCCCAUUAUCCAAAAAUUCAAGAAUAUCAUCACUUCUGAUCCUUUAGGUGUCACAAAAUCUUGGGUUGGUCCAAAUAUAUGUAAUUAUACUGGUUUCUACUGCGAAAGUCCCCCAGAUAACAAAUCAGCAAUUGCUCUUGCUUCUAUUGAUUUCAAUGGAUUUCAAUUAACUGCUCCUACACUUGUUGGCUUUCUUGAUCAACUUCCAGAUAUAGCCAUUUUCCAUGCUAAUUCCAACAAUUUUAGUGGGACUCUGUCUCCAAAAAUAGCCAAUCUUCCUUAUCUAUAUGAACUUGAUAUUAGUAACAACCAAUUUUUUGGGCCAUUUCCUAGUGCUAUUUUGGGCAUGAAUAGCCUAUCUAUAUUGGACAUAAGAUUCAAUUCUUUCACUGGAUCAGUCCCACCUCAAUUGUUCACUAAAGACCAGCUCGACGCGCUAUUUAUCAACAACAAUAAUUUCAUGCAAAGAUUCCCUGAUAAUAUUGCCAGUAGCCAUGUUAUUUAUCUUACGUUAGCCAACAACAAAUUUUUCGGUCCUAUCCCACGUGGUAUUUCCAAAAUCUUGUCGAGUUUGACAGAAAUUUUGCUGCUUAACAACUUGUUAAGUGGUUGUCUACCAUAUGAAUUGGGAUUCUUGAAACAAGCAGUAGUAUUUGAUGCUGGCAAUAAUAGACUAACCGGUCCACUUCCAUUUUCGUUAGGGUGUUUAGAGAAAGUUGAAGUAUUGAAUUUUGCUGGAAAUAAGUUGUAUGGGAUAGUGCCAGAUGUGAUUUGUGCCUUGGGAAAUUUGGCUAAUUUAUCAUUGUCUGAUAACUAUUUUACAGGAGUUGGGCCAAUUUGUUUGAGUUUGAUAAGAAAUGGAGUGCUUGAUUUGAAGAAUAACUGCAUUCCUGGUCUUCCAUUCCAAAGAUCAUUUGCUGAAUGCGUAGAAUUCUUUGCUUACCCAAGGUACUGUCCUCACAUGGCUACAUAUAGUUACAUUCCUUGUUGGCUCUCCAAUUUCAAGACACCUCCUCUGGCUCUUUCUAAAUUAGCUCCUUAGCUCGUUUGGUACGAGGGGUAAGGGAUAAUUAAUCUGGGGUUAAAUUUGAGAUGAGUUUAUCUCAUGUUUCGUUGGGAUAAAAUAGUGGUAUAACUCAUUUCGGGAUUAGUUAUCUCGGGAUUGUAGUGUUUUCCUAUCACUAUGAGAGGGUGGGAUAUAACUAAUCUCGGGAUUAGUUAUACCGGGAUUAUACUGUUUUUUAUCUCUAUAGGAGAAUGAGAUAACUAAUCCAGAGAUAAUUAAUUAUGGGAUAACUUGUUUCACGACCAAACAACCCCUAAUAUUUCUACUAUGGAUCACAAACAUACUUCUUUUCUAUGCUGUCCCCCUCCCCCCUCCCCGCGUCCCGUUCUUAUUUUAUACUAGUUAAGCUUGUAUUUCUAUGGAACAAGUGUGCAUUCCCAACUGUUGUCGUUCAUUUGUAUUAAUGCAAUAAUAACGCAUGUUUUCCAUGA